AUGAAUCAGUUCAACAGUUGGCAGGUUCAGGACAGCCAACUUUUCAAUAAUCCUCGGAGUGGUGCUGUUGGUGUGCUGCUGCUUACUCUGCUUUGCAGCCACAGUGCUGCUGUUUUUACGACCAGGGGCCGUAACACCGUCAAUCUGAAAGAUAAACUGACUGAUUGUUUGCUGGACAAAGAUUAUGACCAGCUGCUGCAGACAGUGCAGACCGGUCUUCCCCACAUCAACGCAUCUCAUCAUGUAGCUAUUGUUGGAGCUGGCAUGGCUGGACUAACUGCUGCCAAGUUGCUGCAAGAUGCAGGGCACAAGGUAACCAUAUUAGAGGCAAGUGGACGAGUUGGAGGAUGGGUGGAAACCUACAGGAAUGAAAAGGAGGGCUGGUAUGCUGAGCUGGGCGCCAUGAGAGUCUCGAGUUCUCACAAAAUUGUGCUCUGGUUUGCAAAUCAUCUGGGGGUCAAACUGAAUGAAUUCAUCAAUGAUGACAAUCAAACCUUUUACCUGGUGAAUGAAAAUCAGAAGCACAAAACAUAUGAUGUAAAAAACAACCCUGACAUCCUGAGAUACAACCUGCCAGAGAAUGAGAGGCACAAACCAGUGGACGACCUGCUACAGCAAGCCUUAAAGAAGGUGAAGGAAGAUGUGAUGCUACACGGAUGCAGAGCUGCGCUGGAAAAGUUUGACCGCUAUUCUGUGAAGGAGUAUCUGAAAGAAAAAGGGGGUCUGAGUCCAGAAGCCAUCAGAAUGAUUGGAGAACUACUCAACGUACAGAGCCUCAUGUAUACGGCUCUGAUUGAGAUGCUCCAUGACCAGACUGACAUCAGUGAUGACAACAUGUACAGUGAAGUCACCGGUGGGAUGGAUUUUCUCCCCAAAGCUUUUAAAAACGUCCUCAAAUACCCAAUCCUCUUCAACUCCACAGUCAAACACAUCAGUCAAGUAGAUAAAGGCGUGAUUGUGUCGUAUCAGACAGGGAAAAAGUCCUGUCUGACUCACUUUCGUGCUGACCUCGUUCUGCUAACAACCACAACCAAAGCAGCCCUUUUUAUGGACUUUAAUCCACCUCUCUCCAUCCAAAAGAUGGAGGCCUUGAGGGCCGUCCACUAUGACAGCUCCACUAAAAUCAUUCUCACCUUCAGCGAGAGGUUUUGGGAAAAAGAAGGCAUUCGAGGUGGAAAGAGCAUCACAGACCGGCCCUCUCGUUUUAUCUACUACCCCAGCCACAGUUUCCCAAAAAAUAAGACCAUCGGUGUCCUCUUGGCUUCCUACACCUGGUCAGAUGACUCCCUCCUCUUCUCAGGAGCAAGCAAUAAGGACCUGAAAGAGCUGGUUCUGAGAGAUUUGGCUCUGAUCCAUGGAGAACACAUCAAGUCUCUCUGCACUGGUGUCUUGGUAAAAAAGUGGAGUCUGGAUCCGUACAGCCUGGGUGCCUUUGCUCUGUUCACCCCCUACCAACACCUAGAGUAUGCCAAGGAGCUCUUCAGGCCUGAAGGAAGGAUACACUUUGCUGGUGAACACACAGCUUAUCCUCAUGCUUGGAUCGAAACGUCUAUGAAAUCUGCAAUCAGGGCGGCCAAGAAUAUUACCAAGGCAGCUAAUUCAGAUCUAUGAGGUGCCGUAGAGUCCAAAUACAGGAUGAACAUACUUGGUUAAAAAGUGGUUUUCCAACCAAUUUUAGCUUUCUAAAUUUCACUAUCCAGCUUGUUCUUAAAGUUUGAUUCAUCUGGA